AUGUACGCCCAAGCUAUCUUCACUUUUGGCAUUACUCUCCUCUACACAGCCUCUGCGUCUCCCAUCGAAGCGCGUGCUUGCGUUGGCCCCAAUGUCAAUGCUGCGACUGUCUCGCUGAUCAAAGAAUUCGAGGGGUUUGUUGCGAAGCCCGCACCGGAUCCAAUCGGCCUUCCGACAGUGGGGUAUGGGCAUCUCUGCCAGACCAAAGGCUGUUCGGAGGUCCCAUACUCGUUCCCAUUGACAACGACGACAGCUACAAAGCUAUUGAUGAGCGAUCUCAAGUCUCACCAGCAAGCCAUCACGCUCGACACGGCGUCAUCAGUUGUCCUUAAUGCAAACCAAUAUGGUGCACUAGUGUCCUGGGCAUUCAACGUCGGCAAUGGAAAUGUCAAGUCUUCGACCCUAAUUAAGCGUCUUAACAAUGGAGAAGCGGCCAACACGGUUAUCGCGCAAGAGCUCCCCAAGUGGAACAAGGCUGGCGGAAAGGUGCUCGCAGGGUUGACGCGACGCAGGGCGGCCGAGGUUGCAUUGGCAAAGACUGCGACCAGUGUUAAGGCACUUCCUGUUGGAUGUUAA